CUCAGUCACACUUCCAAUAUGUCACCUAAAAAACCUGAGAUGGAAAGAAAAAGAAGGCAACGAAUCAACAAUUGCUUGUCUCAAAUUAAGCGGAUGAUCCCGGAAGCUAGAGAGCUGGAGAUUAAGAAAGGCUGUAGACUCGAAAAGGCGGAAAUAUUGGAGAUAACCGUCAAAUUCAUUCAGAAAGUGCAGAACGAGAAGAGAGCCGAGAAACAGGGAGAAAUUACGGUUGGACCUGAGGAAAUCCCUGCAGUUUUCAAUCAAACUCCAGCACCUACAAGAUUGGUAUUCCAGAGCCAAUUUGACAUCUCGCGAGAACAAACAGCGUCACCCUUUUACUCGGCUCCCACGUGUUGUUUUGACACAGCCGCGACUGAGUACGACACCAAACAUAACUCCCAGAACAUACUUUUUCGACCAGUGCUUCUACCCACUCCUCGUUAUUUCACUCCUCGCUGUAUUUCGUCUAAUAUCGUCUACGAUUCUGCGAGAGAUGGCAGGGAGAGUUUUGCUUUUCCAACACGACAGCCUGCUGUCAGUACAGCCCUCUACACUGAGAAUAAAAAUCUCUGAGAUUCUCUUACCGAUUUGGUCCUCACAGCCGUUUUUAUUAUCUUGAAGAGUAUAUUUGAACACUUUUCAUUCAUGGAAAAGAAAGUUUACACUGUUUUGAUUGAGCUGAAUAGCAACUUGUUGAGUUUGGGCUAAG